AUGACUGAUGUUUUGUCGUCUGCUGAUUUGAUCAGAGGUCUUGCCAAUGUAGGUCAGGGUAACUUUGAUGGGGGCGGUUUCAAGCUUGGGAAGGGCAAGGACGAUAAGGACAAGGACAAGGGCAAGGGCAAGGACAAGGACAAGGACAAGGACAAGGGCAAUGGCAUGGGCAAGGGCAAGGGCAAGGGCAAGGACGAUGGCAUGGGCAAGGGCAAGGGCAAGGGCAAGGGGCAAGGGCAAGGGGCAAGGGGCAAGGGGCAAGGACAAGGACAAGGGCACAAGGACAAGGACAAGGGCGAUGGCAUGGGCAAGGGCAAGGGCAAGGGAAAGAACAAGGACAAGGGCAAGGACAAGGAUGGCAAGAAUGGCAAAGAGAAGGAUAAAGAAAAACUCGCAGCUACCAAGACGAAGAAGAUGGCACUCAAGAUGGAGUUUCCACGUUUCAAAAUACGAACGAUUCCCCAUUUCCCCAAACCUCCGUGUUCCCCACCAAACCCCUUCCUCCCUCCCCCACUCUUCCCCACCCCUGGCGAUGCUCGACACACCCUGGCGUCACGUGACUACCUGCAAAGAGUAUGGAGCCGCCUAUAUGACCCUUUCACGUUUCGAUGUAACAGUAUCGGGGGAAGCAAGCCCAAGGUGGCUACACCUGGGGUCGUGUCUAAGAUCGAGGACCUCAAGAGGAACAAUCCAACUAUGUUUGCUUGGGAGAUCCGUGACAGACUUCUAGCGGAAGGCGUGUGCACUCAGUCCAACCUCCCCAGUGUCAGCUCCAUCAACCGCAUCCUCCGGAACAGAGCCGCGGAACGCGCUGCCGCAGAGUACGCCAAGAUGGCGACGCACGUGCUGCAGCCUCUCUACCAUCCUUUAUGGGGAUCAGCAGUGACGCCACCUAGCAGCCUUCAACAGAGUAGUCGCCCCUUUGUCAAACCGCAGGAUCCCUGGAUCCUGGAGAGAGAUUGUGAAUCUUCAGAUGAAGAUCCGCUAGGCAGCAGCCCUGACAGUUCCGACCAUCACCAGAAACUGAGGAGGAACCGCACCACCUUCACCCAGGAGCAGCUGGAGGUGCUUGAGAAGGAGUUUCACCGGACUCACUAUCCCGGGGUUGCCACCCGUGAAGACCUCGCCGCCAAGACCAACCUUUCGGAGGCCAGGGUGCAGGUGUGGUUUUCCAACAGACGGGCGAAAUGGCGACGUCACCAGCGUCUCAAACUCCUACACACGUCAUCUCCCUUCGUCUUCCGCUACCCGUCGCUUCCAGUCCCCAGCCCCAACCCGAUGGAGACAUUCCGACUGUUGCCGGGGUUACCCCCAGCGUCACUAGCCGGCGCGAGUGACCUCAGCCGUAUGACCUCAGUACGUGAGACCUUGACCCCGCCAACCCCACGCCUGACUCUGGGCAGUGAACAUUCUGCUUUCCAGCCCCUUGAGAAGUCCCCGGCGUCGGAAUCAGCCACACCCAAAUCCCCUCCCCCUUCGUGAACGGCACGUGAGACAAUCAUAUCGUCAUCAGUUGUUUCCAUAUUUGGUGAACUGCUUCCAGAGACAAUAUUCACCACCACGGAUUGUGGACCCAUUGAAAGGAACGUGUACAGUUAAGUUGAUUCUGAAACAAUAAUCACAUUGUUAUCGGGGGUUUCCACACGUUUCUUUCAUCUGGACAGUCCAGUUUCUGAAGAUCCCUCCAUGUUACCAGGACGACUGGUCAAGAAAGGUCCGCUUACACCAACAGGGUAGGCCAUGUGAGCUGCCAACUCCACUUCGGUACGCGGGACGCCGGACGCCGAGCCCCGUCACUCCGAGUGCCACAGUGCAGAACGCUGUAUGCCAUGAAAAUGAUUAUCUGGUCCGAGGAUGCCAAUUUGUUGAAAUAAUUUGUCAUAUUUAAUUCUUGUAAAGUGUAAAGUCAAUGAAAAGGACAUGUAAACUCAUGACCACGCAUGGUAAAGCAUUCUGUGUGAAAUCUGUCUUAUCUUACUUUCACCAGCUGUGUAUCUGGCUAUGGUAUCAUACAAGCGUUAUCUUCAAAUCACAUUCAAGACAUGCCACCAAGACUGUCAUCCUUGGUAAUUCUUGAAUGGGCUCCUGUCUACCUAAAUAGAUAAUAGCGAUUUGCUUCCUGCGCAAGUGAACAGGGGAACCAGUUGAUACGAUCGCUCGAGUUUGCGGUUCGGUCAUAUGCGGGAACUAUUUGUAAAACCGGAUAAUGUUGCUUCUAGUCAAGAAAAUACAUGAUGGAAACCGCACUUAUUAAACCAGCUAAUCACAUUAAUGCAAGACGUUUGUUAGCAAUAUGGCGAACUUGAGGCAAGAAAAGGACCGAACUUGUGCCCAUAUAGGACAGUGCUAGCAUGAAGAGUUAUCUCCCAUGAUAAAGUAACUUCGAGGCAGAAUUUGGAAACAGUCUGACCUAAGUCAUCGACAUAGGCACAAGUGAAAAAUGGACAAUAAUUUAUUUCACAUCACCAACAGGUGGUUUAACCAGUUAAGAUAUGCAGCGCUGUUUAUGCAAAUGUUUUACAUCUAGUCAAUGAAUGGCAUGAAUAUGCAGAUUUUUCUCUGUACGUUUUCUCUGUAUAUAUUUACGCCAUACAAUAAAGUCCCAUCUGGACAUGUAUCAUGAA